AUGGUCCGAUUGUACGCUGUUCUGUUGCUGCUUGGAGUUACACUUUUGGCGCCACAAUCGCGCUGCGAAACGCGCAAAUACUUCCACAGCCGAUAUUCGAGCAGUUUCUCGAGCGCGAGCCGUUCGAGCGGUGGCGCCUACCUAAAGACGGUACCGUUGCGAUUGCUGAGCUGCCUCGAGCACGUUUCGCUCAUUGACUGUGGCAAGCUGUACCUGUUGCAGAAUAUGGAAUCGCGGGCGUACCGUUUCGCCAACACCGGCAACAUCACGCACGACGUGCAGCAGGUGCUACUGCCCAGCUACCGGAGCACGGACAAUAAACUGUUCAGCGAUCAGCUGCUCGCGCUGAACGAUAGUGUUGUGAACGAUCGGCUAGCACGCGGUUUGCGGUUGCUGUUUAACGAGCGCAUCAUCGAUCUGCAGCUAGUGCCGGGUGUGGCGGUACGGCUCACGCCCAGUGACACGAACCAGCUCGAGUUCUCCGUGCGCAAGGGUAUUAUGGCCGUCGAGCCGGACGUUGCCGGAGGACGCGAUAAGGCAAAGAAAGGCAUCCGGACGGUGUUGCAGCUGAGUGUGCCGCUUGUACUGUUGCCCUCGAUGCUGUUGGCCGGCGUGUUACCGAUGAUACUGCCCGUGCUCAAGUUUGCCACCAUCUUCUCCAGCAUUGUGAACCACGCGGCCCUUGCGGCAGCCAUCAUGUAUCUGGCGAAACAGCAUGCCGCCGAACAGGAAAGUAAACAAACGGUGUACUUUAACGCUGGUUACAAUUAGGCCUCCGGCACCAGAAGGACUCAGCACGCAGUCAACAGUAUCGGGGAAGGGGGCACUACACAACUUGAAACCAAAAAAAUGCUUCCGCUCCUGCUGCUCGAUCGCUGGCAGCUGUGGAAGCUGUGGAUAAGGAUGCGCGUGGCGCAAUCUGUGC